AUGCAAAUGGUACGGUACAAGCCAGAGGGUCUGGAUGUACUGUGCCGAAAUACAAAGUUCUCUCGUAAAGAACUACAGAUAAUGUAUCGAGGUUUCAAGCAGGAAUGUCCAACUGGUAUUGUGAAUGAAGAAACCUUUAAGGAUAUAUAUGCUCAGUUCUUUCCCCAAGGAGAUUCAAGCAAUUAUGCACACUAUGUAUUUAAUGCAUUUGACCACGAUCACAGCGGCUCUGUCAAUUUUGAGGAGUUUGUGAUGGGUUUAUCAGUGCUGUCCAGAGGAAGCCUACAAGAACGACUUCAAUGGGCCUUCAACUUGUACGAUAUCAAUGGAGAUGGUAUAAUAACCAAAGAUGAGAUGACGGAUAUAGUGUCAGCAAUAUAUGAAAUGAUGGGUCGUUUUACUGAGCCUACGGUUGAUGAAAACACCGCUCGAGAUCAUGUUGAACGGGUAUUCUCAAAAAUGGAUUUAAAUAAAGAUGGUGUGAUAUCAUUGGAAGAAUUUAUGGAUACAUGUCGAACAGAUGAAAAUAUCACCAAGGGGAUGGCGAUAUUUGAUACAGUGCUCUGA